AUGCCGCCCAAGAGAAAAGCAUCGUCAAACGUGCUGGGUGUCGCAAAGUCAGGCAGGGUAUCAGCAGCUUCGACGCCAGGGCCAGCGACGCCUCGAGACCUCGAUAGCGACGAGGACGAAGCCGAUUCCCCAGGACAGGUCGAACUGCCAAACGAAGAAGAGAUUCAGAGCGCCGUCGACCGGUUUUCGCUCUCUCACUACCAAGAUAAUACGGUUAGAGGUCCGACGGACGGUGCCAGUAGGCAUUUCGGAACAAACGGAAGGCGUGAUUUCUCCUACCUGCAGCUCAAGCCCGAUCACAAAGAUCGACCCAUAUGGAUCGAUCCGCAAAGAGGGCGCAUAAUCCUGGAGAACUUCAGCCCUCUUGCCGAGACAGCGAAAGACUUUCUCAUCACAGUCGCUGAGCCGCUUUCGCGCCCUACGUUCCUUCACGAAUAUGCUCUCACCACCCACAGUCUGUACGCCGCCAUCUCGGUUGGUCUGCAAGCUAGCGACAUCAUUGCCACAUUAGAUCGAUUCUCCAAAACGGAACUCCCGAGCUCGAUCCGCAAUUUCAUAGCCAACUCGACUGCCGCGUAUGGCAAGGUCAAACUUGUUAUCAAAAACACAAAGUAUUUCGUCGAAAGCAAUGAUCCCGAGGUCCUUCAACGAUUACUCAAAGAUCCGAUCAUCGGGCCAUGUCGAGUCCAGGGAACCGACAUCACAACCACCACUUCCAACAUGCCAAGUGUGGUUAUCCCUGGCACGUCAAAUGCGGCUGGUGUGCAGCAGGUCAAACAGAAAACGGCAGAGGAUGUACCUCCCGAGCAAGCUCAGACGGAGAAUGCGAUGCAGGCGCUCCGUGAGGACGACGAUGACGACAAUCAAGAGGCUGUGCACGCCUUCGAAAUACCCGACACCGAGGUCGAGACCAUUCAGAAGCGCUGCUUAGCCAUACAAUAUCCCAUUCUGGAGGAGUACGAUUUUCGUAACGACGACCGAAACGCCAACCUUGAGAUCGAUCUCAAGCCCAACACGCAAAUCCGGUCGUAUCAGGAGAAAAGUCUCAGCAAGAUGUUUGGCAACGGUCGAGCAAAGAGCGGUAUCAUUGUGCUCCCUUGUGGCGCUGGCAAGACCCUCGUGGGUAUCACGGCUGCUUGCACCAUCAAGAAGGGGUGUAUCGUAUUGUGUACCAGUACCAUGUCUGCUCAUCAAUGGCGUCAGGAGUUCUUGAAAUGGUCCAACAUACACCCCAAGGACAUCACAGUCUUCACUGCCGAGAAGAAGGACAAAUUCGAGGGUAAUACCGGAAUCAUCGUCACCACAUAUCCCAUGGUCACUCAAUCCGGCAAGCGAGCCUACGAUUCGGCAAAGAUGAUGGAGUUCUUGACAGGGCGCGAGUGGGGUUUGAUGCUUUUGGAUGAGGUUCACGUCGUCCCCGCCAACAUCUUCCGCAAAGUAUCAUCACACAUCAAGAGCCACGCCAAACUGGGACUGACGGCUACGCUUCUCCGUGAGGAUGACAAGAUUGAGGAUCUCAACUUUCUCAUUGGCCCCAAGUUAUAUGAAGCCAAUUGGAUGGAGCUGUCUGAACAGGGACAUAUCGCGAAGGUGCAAUGCGCCGAGGUCUGGUGUCCAAUGACGACGGAGUUUUACGACGAGUAUUUGAGGACCAACGACCGAGGCUUGAAAGCCAACCUAUACAUUAUGAACCCGCGAAAGAUUCAGGCCUGCCAGUUUCUCAUUGACUACCACGAGAAGCGCGGCGACAAGAUCAUUGUGUUCUCGGACAAUGUCUACGCAUUGAAAGAGGUCGCACUCGCCUUGGGCAAAGCUUACAUUUGCGGCGCCACUGGCAACAAUGAGCGUAUGCACAUUCUAGAGAACUUUAUGCACAACCCCAACGUCAAGACAGUAUUUCUGUCGAAAAUCGGCGACACAUCUCUAGAUCUUCCAGAGGCCACCUGCUUGAUCCAAAUCUCGUCGCACUACGGAUCCCGGCGUCAAGAAGCCCAGCGACUGGGACGUAUUCUUCGAGCCAAGCGCCGAAAUGACGAGGGUUUCAACGCAUUCUUCUACUCACUCGUCUCCAAAGAUACGACUGAAAUGUAUUAUUCAACCAAGCGACAGGCCUUCCUCGUGGACCAAGGCUAUUCUUUCAAAGUCAUUACGCAACUGGCGGGCAUGGACAAGAUGGAAGGACUCGUAUUCAAUUCUGCACAGAUGCGCCGGGAACUGCUACAAAAGGUGAUUGUCGACACCGAGGCGAAGCGCGGUAUGGACGACGAAGAUGCCACAGAUGAUUUGUUUUAUGCGAAUAAGGGUAGGAGAAAGGGUGUCAGACGCACGGCGGGCACGCUGGGCGAACUCAGCGGCGGACAAGACAUGGCGUAUAUGGAGCAGAGGAAGAGUGCAAACAAGGCGCUCAAGAAGAACGCCAAACAGAAUGACUUCUUCAAGAAGCACUACAGGGAGGUUGCUAGAAACAAGGCCAACGCUCAAUGA